AUGUCAUCGCAGGGGCUGUGGGACCACCUCACCGUUGUUGAAGGCCAGAUCUUUCCCAACACCACCAGCGCACACGCGGGGGUCUACGCCGCGCAGCAACACGCCAUCCGCACCGCACUGCAGCAAGACAUGUCCGUUGCAUGCUUCUUUGAAGACGACUUUCUCUUCGAGCCGUUCCGUGCACCACCAGAGGCAGACGAGGCGACCAGCGAAGGAAGCGCCCCAAGCAAGGGCCAGGGAGGAGGAGGAGGAAGGGGUGGAGGGGAAGGAGGCUCGAAGUCAAAGGCCUCUGCAGGUCAUGCUGCGGGCCCAGACCCAAACUGGAUCAACCAGCACGAGGCACAGGCGUACCAGGAGCACGCUCAUCUCAGCGAGGCACAGCGGAUGCGUCUGAUCCCACAGCACCUGACACAGGCCCUGCGCCGGCUGCAGCUGCACGACCCAGAGUGGGACGCGCUGAUGCUCACGGGCAACUUCUUUCGCUUCCAGCUCGCGUACAACCACACGGGCGACGGUCGCCUCAUUCGCGACUUUGUGCACGUGCGUGGCUUUGGCGCGGUUGCAUACUGCCUGUCCCGGCCCAUGAUGGAGCACAUUUCCUCUGUGCUGUGGGGCUGUGGCAUUGUCCCGAGCGGCACGUUUGACGGCUUCUUCUACGCCAGCGGCAAGGUGUACGCAACGUAUCCUCUGCUCGCCAUCCAUCCGCCCAACCAGAGCUUGCGCCACAACGAAGCCGGGCCAUAUCUGCCCGAGCACCUGCUGUGGAAGCCGCGUGUGGACGUGUUCCACCACAUGGCCAUCCCGCGCGUUUAA